GGCUUGUAGAUGAGCUUAUAAAUGGAGGGGCUUAAAAAAACCGUUUCAAAAUGAGCUACAUUUAGCUGCAUGCUGGUCAAAAUAGGGGGCUUAUAAGUGGCAGUUUAUGGUAUUAUAUUUUGUUGGUAUCAUGAGGACAUUGAUUUUGGAGAGCAUGUCUCCUUUUUUAACUUAUGUUUGAGUUUAUUUUUAGAAGGGUUGUUACAUCAAAAGAACUUGUUCUUAAGUUUUGAAGUGACCAUUGUUAUGAGUGCAUUGUAAGAAAAUAUAAAUUGCAAAAAGGUUCAUAUAUCUUUCUCUGAUAACAUAGGGGUACAUGUGGGGUUGGAGGGAGGUGGGGUAUUGUCUGAGGAAUUUUUGCAUCGUAUUCUUCAGGGGAUGUGUUUACUAGGGUUCUACCGUUACUGUUGUAAAACUGUAUGGGCACUAUAUAUAGUUAUGUAUCUCCACAGAGAUCCAUCCAUUGUCUUGCUUGCACAUAGAAAUUAAAAACAGCGAAAGAAUUACAAGGGAACUGAUUCUUAUAGAGCUAAGUAAAUAUAUUAUGGACUUGUGCAUGCUUUAUACUUUUUUACAUUUUGGAUCAGAUUUUGUUACCUAGUCCAUUCUUUCCUUCUUUCUUAUGAUAUUCGACAUUUUGCAAACAUGUGAUGCUGACUAUGGACUGUGUACCAUAAAGAGAACUAUUUUGACAUGCCAGGCACCUCUUGGGGCUUGGCAGGAUUGGCUGGCUUUUUACAAUUUUCAGUGAAGAAGGUUGAGGAUGAUAGGAUGAACUCUGACUGUCGAGUGAUAGAUUAUCCAGAAGUGAAUUGAGCAGUCAAGUGUGUAAGCGAUAUUAAAAGCUAUUGCAUUUGUUAGCUUGAGAAGAUUUCAAGACUAUAUACAAACGGAGUCAAAACUAUGACUUCUGCGAUACUGGUAUGCUACUCUAUGGUCCUCUAUGGUCCUCUAUCCAUUGGCAUAUAUUAGGUCAUGGACUUGAAUCUUUGAAGCCUUGUAUUUUUUAAAAACUACACAAUGCCAAGAUUCUUUAGUGGUCUGAAGUUUGAACUGCACAUAUGCUUCUGUCGUCUUCCAUGGAUGAUUUUCUUGAGGCCGCAUGAAGGAUCUCUUGUUCAUUAUCAUAUCAAAUACUUUUUUCCACAAGGCCUGUCUUGGCUAAGGCUCGAUUUCCUGCUGUGUUGUGGGGCAACACCCUAUUUUUUCCUAUUUUUUUUCUCUCUCUCUCUCUCCUUUUUAAUUUAGGGGGUUCAACUGAACCCCUCAAACCCCUCUAGAUCCGCUCCAUCACUACAUAAUGCAACAUCAGAUCUAGUGGCUAUCCCAAUUUCGCCUGUCCAUGAAUUGAUUAGACCAGUUGUGCAUUAGCAGCAUUUGAUGUAUUAUAACAAAAUAACACCUUGGUUGCAUUUUGAAGGACUUUCCUUUCAAGUAGGAAAAUUUCAGUUCUGAUGAGGCUGGAAAGAAUAUCAACUUUUAGUUUUACUGUGCAUACCCAAAUUGUAAGAACUGCUGGUGUAAACGAGUGUUCCCUCCCACUAACCUAACCCUACCCCCCUCCUGCACUGGUGCAUGUAGAAACCAAGCUGACAGCUCCAAUUUGUAGAGUUUUCCCAACCUUGUCAACCAGGGACUGCGGAGACGAUGUUAAAGUUGUAGGGCUUUAACAUCUGGCCAAUACAAGCAAACGUUUAAUAAGGUCAGUGUUUGGCCAUUUGUCUUGCAUUUGCGCGCCUCCGCCUCCUCCAACCGGCUCAAGUACGUGGUAGCAUAUCAUGUAAGAGGUAAUAAGGUGUUGCUUGUAUUCAAAUUUCCAAAAUGGUGGCUUGAGCUCUAGGAUAUUAUUGACUCGGCUUUUCAUUUAUUUUUUCUGCGCCGUCACGAAGAAUGCAGAGAAAGAUAGCUGAUUGGAAAAUAAGGCAUCCGUAAUAUUCUGACUGUUUCAAAUGGAUGGAAGCGGUCAAUCAAGAAAUACUCCUGCUGUGUCACUUAAAUACAUUAGUUUAAAGCUUGAAGAACAAAUCUCCCAAUACUUAUGCAGUCAAACUAGCAGUAGUCUUGUAAAGGCUUGCAUUCUUGGCAAGGGGGAAACCAUCCUUGAGCUUAAACCAACAUUACAGGAAAUCAACCAUGGUGAGCCAGCUCUUCAUGGGAUGGCACCUUUGCAUAUUGCAUGUUUUUUUGACCACCUGGAGGUGGUUCAUGCACUUCUUGAGUCGGGGGCAGAUUUGAAACUGCGAGUUGAGAAGACUAUUGCAAAGGAAACCCCACUUCACAUUGCCGCUGGGAAUGGUUUUGGUGAGAUUGUUAAGGCGCUUCUAGAGAAAGGCGCUGAUCCAAAUAGUAUUGCUUCUAAUCACCUGAAAACACCUUUGCAUGUCGCAGCCAGUGAUGGCCAUGUCCAGGUUGUAAAAUAUCUACUGCAAGGAGGUGCCAAGAAAGAGGCUCCACGACCUGCUGAGCUGAGCAGAUUUGGUUCCUGGUGCACUCCUCUGCA